AUUGGCAUUGCAAGUAGAGAUCUAUUAAUGGGUCUCACCUCCCAGCUGAUUCCAGCUCUGGUGUGCUUACUAGCAUGUACCAGCAACUUCACCCAUGGACACAGGUACAGUAUCACCUUAGAAGAGAUCAUCAAAACGCUGAACAUCCUCACAACGAGAAAGGACUGGUGCAUGGAGCUGAUGGUGGCGGACGUCUUCGCUGCCCCAAAGAACACAGCGGAGGAUGAAAUCUUCUGCAGGGCUGUGACGGUGCUUCGGAAGGUCUACAAACACCAUGAGUGCGUAAACAGAAAAUUCCUGGGCAAACUUGACAGGAACCUGCGCAGCAUGGCCAGGGACUACUGUCCUGUGGAGGAAGCCAAGAAGGAUACAUUGAAAAACGUCUUGGAAACGCUAAGGAAGACCAUGCAAGAGAAAUACUCAAAGAGUUGGAGCUGAAUAUUUUAAUUUAUGAGUUUUUAAUAGCCUUAUUUUUUUAAAAAAUAUUUAUAUAUUUAUAUGUCAUCAUAAAAUAAAGUAUAUGUAGAAUCUGA